AUGGACCAGUGUGUGUCCACAGCUCCUCCCCGAUUCCCCAUAGCACAACUGGGAACAUUUAAACAAAACUCUGCAGAAAAGGGAGGGAUACUCAAGGGGAAUUUGCUGCAGAAGGAAGCACCUACCACCAUGAGUUUAUGGUCUGAAAAUGAACAUCAUAUUCAUUUGUUCACAUUGCUGGUUCUCUUCCAUGUGACAGUGUUGCUGAGGAACCGCAGGAUACAAGGGGUUUCUGAAGACUGGAAAAAGGCAAACAGCGUAUUUUGA